AUGGAGGACAAAGCUGAUGAGAUGGAAACACCUCGACUGUCUUCGACGGCUGAACAAAACUCUCAAGUCGUUGAUGUGACACAUGAUUUUCUACAAGCCGAUGAGGAAUCUCGGGCAGGAAACCCUCACACCCCCCAGGUGUUGCGAAUAGAGCAAGACCAGACAGCAUUGACGAGUUUCAAGAAGGGACUGAAAUCUCGAGCAAGAGAGCGAUUGGGCGUCUUAGAGCAGAAGCUGAAAUUCCUUGAAAACCUCGAAGGCCAACUCAAGAUGGUCGAAUUCUUUCCAUCAUCCCAGCAGAAUGCAAGCUCUCCUGAUCAAAACGGAGAGUUCUCGGUGCUUCCCAAUGCAGUAGUAACAGAUGCUCUUGUUGCCUCACAUCGUCAUGCCUCGGAUGAUCACAAUCAUGAUGCAUACUUACAUCUGGAUCUUGAUAUGGAUCAAUUCCGCCACAUAGUACGUGAGGAGAUGCUCUCUAAGUCGUAUGAGGAGAUUUCUCUCAAGCGCAUCUUCGGAGGGUUUUCAAGGACGAGCCCAAUAAGACUCAAAUGCUUCCAAAUCGUGACAAGCAAGGAAUGGAACUCUUUCUUCCUGAUUGCAACGGUCUUGAACAGUGUAACUAUCUCCCUUGCCCCUGAAUUCCCAAAAGCCUCCAAGACGACUCAAACCCUCGACAUUAUUGGAUACGCGUGUGGGUUGGCCUUCUUCUUUGAGGUGACGUGUGGAAUCAUUGCAUAUGGAUUUUGGCAUGGUCCAACUACAUACAUGAACCUAUCCGAUUUCAAUCGAUUAGAUUUCUUCUUGUUGUUGACACUCCUGGCGGAAUACUUUGCAGAGUUUGCUCUGCGCCUUCAAGGCCCGUCCAUUCGUUCGUUUCGACUGCUCCGACUGCUCAAGUACAUGAUGAGGAUGAGGCUGUUCUCCAACGUGAGAGCAAUGAUUCAAACGCUCAGGCAGGGAAUGUCUCAGAUUCUCAUCGUAGCGAUGGUCUUGGCUUUCUUUGUCGCCAUGUUCGGAAUCUUUGGGAUGGCCAUCUAUCAGAACUCUUUUGCGAGGCGAUGCCUCAUGGCCGCUCGGAACGUUUCGUCUGCUAUCUGUGCUUCCGAUGCUUCAAACAACUGGUCAAAGACUUGUUCCUUCAAUGACAAUCUAGCUCCUCUAUACCUUGAGAACGGGAGCAUCGCCGUCUAUCCUGGAUACCCUGGUAUGCGCUGGUGCAAGAUCUAUUGCACAGACCCGGUGAGUCUGGCUGUACUUGCCUUGGCUGGAGUGCUGACGCUGCGACAGGCUACCUGCCCCCAGUACGCGGGGGUGAAACCUCAGGACUCGAGGGGGUGGUACCACAGCUGCCAAGAGCAAGUUGAUCUCAACAAUGAUGGUGUGGUGAAUGCGACCGAUCUGCUGUACGUGGAUCAAUACUGCGAGUCGAUCGGGAACCCUCAGUUCGGCCUGCAGAACUUCGACAGCCUCGGCGGAGUCAUCCCGACCAUCCUUCAAGUCGCAGCUCCCGAUUCAUCUUACGAUGUGAUCCUCGAGUCUCUUCAGAGUGAACCAAGUGCGAUCAUCCUGACUUGGUUCUUCUACGUGGCCAUCACGGUCUUGUGCACGUUUCUAAUCCUCGGCCUCUUUGUCGCUGUGGUGACAGGAACGUUUGCACGAGUCAGAGAGCGGCACGCUUCCAUAAGCUUCGAGGACUCCAUAGAGCAGGUCUCUGAGCCGAAGCAACGAUCAAGACAUGACGGUGUUGCCGGGGUCGGACAUCUUGAACGUCAGCGAACGUCUCAAACCUUCCCAACCCGCGAAGAGCUCGGAAUCAAAAGCACGAUUGAUGCCGAGGCAGACGAUGGAGAAUCUGUUUUACAAAAUAUCGCCUAUCACCUUUUGUUUGAGACGCGCUUGGUACAUUUCAUCUCUUUUGUCAUUUUGAUCGAUGUCCUCAUGAUAGCCAUCAGCGAGAGCUUGUACUCCAUGGAAGCACAAUCUCAAAUGAGCUCGAGAGGACAGUGGAGCCAAGCAGCAGUGAUAGUCUCAUCGAUUGCAGUGGCCAUCUUCGCCAUAGAACUUGUCUUGCGAUAUUCGGCCUAUGGGGGGAUCAAAGAGUUCUGGCGACGAAGAAACAACAAGGCAGAAUCUAUCCUGGUGAUACUCAAUGUGAUAGGCCUCAUCCUCGAUUCCAAGUUCUUGACUUUCCUGGCUGUCUUGCGAAUGUAUCGACUGAUGAUCUACUUCCCGACGCUUUACAAUCUGUUGGCCUCUGCCAUCGCGAGCGGAUCCUCAAUUUUCAACCUUGUGUGCUUCAUAGCGUUGAUUGCCUUGUGCUAUGCUGUCGCUGGGAGGUAUUCCUUCGCCGGUGCCAUGGUCCCCUACACGAGAUCAAACUUUGGGACUUUUCCGCAGUCGCUCCUCACGAUCUUUCAGUUGCUGGUUGGUGACUCCUGGUCGGGCGUGCUCUACCAGGCCAUGCAGGUUAAAGUCACGCUGGCCGGGCGAUUUUUUGCAGCGUUUUUCGUCUUGUCUUGGUUCAUCUUCGGGCGUCUGAUCAUCUCGAAUCUGUUCAUCGCUGUGAUCAUUGAGAACUUCAACGUCUCGGAUACCAUAACUCACUUCAAACAACCGGGAUACAUCUCCAACAUUCGCCAGGUGAUCAAGAAAUCCUACUCUCAGCUCUAUCAGCUCCACUGGACUCUGCGAGGAGCUGGCCGAGUGAUUGCCUACGAUCCCGAGACUGACACUUGGGUGCCAAGGAGAGAAAUCGAGUACACGCUGACGCAACACACUGGGAAUCUCGAUGCUUCCAUGAUGGAGUAUGCUUCAAAAGCGUACCCGCACCUCGCAACUUUGGUCUCAAUGUCAGUGCUCAAGACAGAAAAAGAAGAGCUCGACCAGGCAGGCAGCAAGCAGAACAUGGAGCGAGUUCUGCUCUACUUCCAUCCCUUCCAUCCAGCUCGAAGAUUCUGCACGUGGCUGAUCAAGCAGCCCGCAUUCGAUCUUGUGAUCUUCGCCUCCAUAAUCGUGGGAUGCAUCCUCCUCGUCACUGCGCCGCCAUAUGACGAUAUCCCGGGCAACGCUCCCUUGCUGGACCCAGUCAUGUCGCAGCAGCUGAACAACCUCUUCACCUUCAUCUUCACCGUUGAGUUCAUCUGCCGCGUCAUGUGCCACGGGCUUCUCUUCACUAAGAACGCAUACCUGAAGUCCGGCUGGAACAUCAUGGACAGCGUCGUUCUCCUGUUCUCCUGGAUCGACGUCUCCAACGUCAUGACCAACGGAAAGAUUGCCAAGGUGUUUCGUCUCGGCCGCGCCCUGAGGCCUCUGAGGUUGAUGAAGCGAAACAUCGGGAUGAGGAUUCUGAUCGACGCGUUGAUCGGGACUCUUGCUCCCGUCUGGUACGUCAUCGUCUUCAUGAUGAUUUCCUUCGUCGUCUUCGCCAUUGUUGGCAUGUCUCUCUUCGGAAGGAAGCUCUAUCGAUGUACCGAUGCCGACUUCGCCGCGUUUCCUGGUGGCAAGUCCGACUGCUGCGGACUGUCUGCUGACCUUUCGUCGGGGAUCCUCUACCCUCGUGCGUGGGUUCGGCCGUAUCAUAACUUUGACACGUUCGGAGAUGCUUUCCUCACUCUCUUUCGCAUCAACACCAUCAAGUACGUUGGGAUCCUGGCCGAUGUGGUCGACAUCACAGGAGAGAAUCUGAGCCCGCAGGAGAAUCACUCGAUGGUGUACUCCUUGUUCUUUGUCAUCUACCUCAUCUUCGGAGCUCUCUUCACCAUGAACCUGCUUGUCGGCUUCAUUGUCGAUGGCUUCAACCUCAACGCCGGAUCCAGCGAGGCAGAGAUCUUCUACAACCGGCUCAUGAGGUACCUCAAGGAUUACAAGCCGCGGCAUGACAGGUUCCCUCCUCCAUCCAACGCGCUCAGCACCUGGAUGCGAACGCAGAUCGCGUCACAACAGUUCCAGACCUUCUCCAUGGGCUGCGUGUUCACCAACGUGAUCUUCAUGCUCUCCGAUCACGCCAACGCAGAUUCAACCUAUCUGAGCAUCUACGACUUCCAGAACAACUUCUUCUUCUGGGAGCUCUUUGCUGAGAUCGCCCUCAACCUUGUGGCCUACGGCAUCUUCGAGUUCUGGAACGACAGGUGGAAGAUGUUCGACGCGCUGGUGCUGCUGGGAGCCUCGCUGGCAAAGAUCAGCUCGCAAGGAGCCGUCUCCAAGGCCGCGCGAGCAGCGCGUGUUGCUCGCGUCCUCCGCCUCAUGAAGAUGUUCCGCCCGCUGCGAGUCAUCCUCGAGACCCUCGUGUCAAGUGUGCCGCAACUCUCCAACAUCCUGUUCCUCCUCUUCCUCUUCUACACCAUGUUCGCCGUCGUCUUCAUCCAGAUCUUUGCCACAACCAAGAACGGUCAGCGGCUGGGCCCGACGGCAAACUUCGCCGACUACAUGCAGGCAUGGAGAACGAUCUACCAGAUGAUCAUAGGAGACGAAUGGAUGACUAUCAUGGACGACUGCAGGGUCCAACCCCCCGCCUGCACCAAGAUCUUCAGCACGGAGUACGACCCCUACUAUCACGGGAAGAGCUACAGCUUCGGCGACUGCGGCAGCCCCUUUGCAGUCUUCUGGUUCCCGCUCUUCAUCCUGAUCUGUCAAGCUAUCUUGUUGAACCUCUUCAUCGGGAUGAUCUUGGACAACUUCGCGUUCAUCACGGACCAGGUGGCGGAGGUGGAGGACGAGGAGUGGGAGAAAGGGGCAUCAUCAGGUCAAGUCAUGGAGAUCUCCCGCAUCUUCCAAGAGUUCACCCUAGGAUCCUCCUACGUCGGCCUCGCGUCCGUCCAUGUGCUGAUGCGCCAGAUCCCCACUCCUCUUGGUUUCAAGACGCGAGACGGGAAGCUGAGGUUCGGGAAGGAGGAGAAGACAGCGGAGAAGCUGAUCCGAGCGGAGCUCAACGUGCUGUCGAGGCAACGGAGGAUUGACAGCAUGAAGACUCAGAAGGCCAACGUCAUUGCCCGGAUCCGAAACAUGAUCAUGCAGCGGUUCUUGAAAACGGAGGACAAGUACUUGACCAGGAUCAGUUUCGAGGAGCUCGUGCUGACCAUGUUGUACUGGCGCAAGCCCACCAUGGUUCCUCGGGAGAUCAGGAGGAACAGGGUGAAGCAAGUCAAGGAGGUCGUCCACAUGCUGCACGCGCUGACUCUCAAAGACUUCUUUCUCAGCCUCGUCAACCACCGCCUGAAGAAAGAGAUGAACAAAGCUCUCGCCCCCUUCGUCAACUUCGUCCAAUGGUCCUCCACAGACCCGCACUAUGGGAGGCGGCGCGAGCACUUCAACCGGCAGAAGAGCGAGGUAAAGAAGAGGGCUCUAAAGGACGCCAUGUACAGAGGGGUCCGGUUCUCAGCUCCUGCCCAAGUCCUCGAGUUCACCUUCCUGCAGCUGCACGAGCUGCCCAACUCGUUCGUCCCCCACCAAGAGAUGGUCAAGUCUGACCUCCACGUCAAGUUCCCACGUGCCUCGCACGGGCUAUUGUUGUUCAAGCAGCGCGUCAAGACCUCUCAGGUCGUGCUCAAGUACAUGGACAGCAAGAACGAACGGAAGGGGAUGGUCAAGGUGGAUUUAAGGCAGUGCAACUGGCAGGGCUGGGAGGAGCAGGAGUCGGAGCGAGACGUGUUCUUCCUCCCCCACAACAGGCAGACCAGGCUGGACGAGAGGAUGCCCUCGUGGGACCAGGUAGACAUCCUAGAGCCCAUGGACGCAUGGAACGACGAGUCAGAAAAGGUCUUGGUCGGAAGCAUCGUGGACGUACAGAGUUUUACAACAUGGACACAACUGAACAACGCGGGGAUGCCGAGAGAUCCUGUGAGUGUCCUCCGACUGAACCUCGGGAGGCACGAGAGCUCCAACAGGAGCUCAAUCGCCAUCGAGCGAGGCAGUGACAAGACCUCGAAAGACGCUCGAGUUGAAGCUCGCCGCCGAUCGGAGCAGGCUAAGGUGAAGCAGCUCGGAGACAUAGUCUACAGCGCGACGUUGGAGGUGUUGGGGUACAUUCCAUGA